AUGCAACAAGCAACACAGGAACUGAAGGAUAUCACAGCUCGGUCCAGGGACUCUCCCCGCACCUCUGCCCUCAAAUUCCUCCACGCCGGUGACAUUCAGAUUAACGUGGAGGGCGCUUUCAUUGUUAAUAAGGAUCAGAAUGGCCGAGAAACGCCCCCCGACACACGAGACAUUGUUCUUCCCCACCACACGGCCCAUGUGUCACACAUUGCCAUUGAUAUUGGCGGCUCACUGGCCAAAAUCGUCUACUUCAGUCACGACGAGCCUAACGGCGACACUCUAGAGGACGUGGGUGGUCGUCUCAACUUUACAGUGUUUGAGACGGACAAGAUAGAUGACAUGAUUGACUUUCUCAAGGGCCUCAUGUCUCGUCUUCAAGACAAUCAUCGACGCAGCUCCCGGUCCAACGAGCGACUCACCCCCGACGGCUCGUCGAUCCGGUCAUCAUCCCACGACUCCACCAUUGCUGCGAGUCCCACAAAGCCCCAACAGUCCAACAUGCGCAUCAUGGCGACCGGAGGGGGCGCAUACAAGUUCUACGAGCGGUUGCGCAACGAGCUGGGCGCCGAUAUCUCUCGUGAGGACGAGAUGGAGUGUCUGAUUGCUGGGCUGGAUUUCUUCAUCACGGAAAUCCCGGAGGAGGUCUUUUGCUACUCGGAAACGAACCCAAUGGUGUUUGCCGAGCCCCGCCAGCCGUCCAUCUACCCGUAUCUAUUGGUGAACAUUGGUUCCGGCGUUAGCAUGAUCAAAGUUCUUGGUCCGCAACAGUUUGUGCGUAUCGGUGGCUCCUCUCUUGGAGGAGGCACUCUGUGGGGCCUGUUGUCGCUUCUUACCGACGCUACGUCUUACGACGAGAUGCUUGCCAAGGCUGCCGAAGGAGACAAUUCGAAUGUGGACAUGCUUGUGGGUGAUAUUUAUGGCCAGGACUACACAAAGAUUGGCCUGAAGGCGACAACUAUUGCCAGUAGUUUUGGACGAGUGUUCAAGGAGAUUCAGAGGGACCGUGAAAGUGGAGAAGGUGAUGGAGGCGACGGCAAGAGUGGGGGUGACGUCGACGCCAAGAGCGAAGCUUCGGCAUCGUCCACCGAUUCUGCAUCUUCUCACGCGCCCAAGUCCUCUCGGGACUUGUUCAAGAGUGAGGAUAUCUCUCGGUCGCUUCUCUACGCUAUUUCCAACAACAUUGGCCAGAUUGCAUUUCUGCAAGCGCAGAUCCACAAUCUCCAGCACAUUUACUUUGGCGGAUCGUACAUCCGGGGCCACCUGCAAACCAUGCAUACUCUGAGUUACGCCAUCAACUUUUGGAGUCAGGGAAGUAAACAAGCUUACUUUUUGCGACACGAGGGGUACCUGGGUGCUGUGGGUGCGUUCAUUAAGAAGCAACCCAGCGGCUGGGGACGACGGAACUCGGCUGGGGAGUUGGAGCGUUUCAUGCAGUAG